AUGGACGCUGUCGAAAAGGCCAACACUGAAAGGCAGAAGCGAUGGGUGAAAGAUAGGAAAGUUGGAGAAGGAACAUACGCAGUUGUAUAUCAGGGAAGGGAGGCGUCUACUGGACGCAAAGUGGCUAUUAAAAAGAUCAAAGUCGGCCAGUUCAAAGAUGGCUUGGAUAUGUCAGCCAUUCGCGAGGUCAAAUACCUGAGGGAAUUGAAGCAUCAGAACGUCAUCGAGUUACUUGAUGUUUUCUCGUCAAAAACCAAUCUAAAUCUGGUCCUUGAAUUUCUGGAUUCAGAUCUCGAAAUGAUUAUAAGAGAUAAAACUUUAGUCUUCCUCCCAGCAGACAUCAAAAGCUGGAUGGCAAUGACUUUCCGGGGUCUAGAAUUUUGCCAUAGAAAUUUCGUGCUGCAUCGAGAUCUCAAACCGAACAAUUUAUUGAUCUCUUCUGACGGAGAGCUCAAAAUCGCAGAUUUCGGUCUAGCACGAGACUUUGCUGACCCAGGGUACAAAAUGACUUGCCAGGUCAUCACCAGGUGGUAUCGUCCGCCAGAGCUCUUGUUUGGAAGUCGUUAUUAUAGCUCGGCUGUUGACAUUUGGUCUGUUGGAUGCAUAUUCGCGGAACUUAUGUUGCGAAUACCUUAUUUACCUGGCGAGAGUGACAUGGACCAACUCAAAACGAUAUUUAGAGCUCUAGGAACACCUACCGAGGAAGAAUGGCCAGGUCAUACGAAGUUACCAGACUACGUACCAGUAGGACAAUUCCCCAAGACACCUCUGCGGGAUUUAUUUACAGCAGCAAGUGCUGAUACAUUGAACUUGCUGAGCAAGUGCCUCAUCUACGAACCUCGGAAACGCAUCACAGCCCGAGAAGCACUCAACCACCCUUAUUUCUUUGCGCUCCCUUAUCCCACAUUCCCUUCGAAGCUUCCAAAAUGUUCCACGCACUUCAACUCUUCCCGACCGCUGGAGGAAGUUGAUGGAAAUGUGGAAAUGAAUAGCACAGGACCUGGCGUAAAAGCACGCAAUGGUGCCCUAAAGCGGAAAUUGACAUCUCCGGCCGAUGGGGAAGGCAAAGGUCGUUCUAUUGCGCGCCGACUAGAUUUUUCCAGACAUACACCUGGGUCUUGA